AGAGAGAGAGAGAGAGAGAGAGAGAGAGAGAGAGAGAGAGAGAGAGAGAAGAGAGAAGAGAGAAGAGAGAAGACUUAGAGAUUCUAACCAGAGUUCGAAACUUAACCCUAGCUUUACGCGUUAGGUUAAAGGGACGACUGGGAAGGGGCGAACUGAGCUACAACAACGAGAACGGAGAACGGAGAACGGAGAACGGAGAUCGGAGAUCGGAGAAGGUUCUGUUACUGCGGCGAAGGGAGGAAUAAUACCGACUCAACUCGCGCAGAGACGACGCCUUUGCCCCAUUCGCGAGCCUUCUUCGUCUAAUUUUUGGCCCAAGGUCGGCAAAUUUAAUGACACAUUCAUUGCUACGCGCCUACGCUGUUUGAUUUUCCUGCUUCUCUCAGAUCUCUAGCCUGAGUCUUGGGCUUUGAGCAUCUUGCUCAAUGGGUAAGUGGGUGUAGCAUUUGAAAUCUUCAGUCUCCGUCUAGUUUCUUGUGGGCAUUCCUUCAUGCUUCAGUGGGAUGUUCUUACUGCGUAGGGCGAUUAAUGAUUUUUAGGGUACAAGAAUUUUUUGUAGCUCAAUCAGCAUCGGCUAUAAGAGUUGGGCACUUUUCUGGGAGAGAAGGACCUCUCUUCCACUGCCACCUCUUUUGCCUGCUGCCAGCACUGCCUGUUCACCUUUGUAUUUAAUGCCUCGUAAAUUGGACAGCCCUGUUCAGACCCAGAUGGCAGUGGCAGCAGCCUUUAAGAGUCCACUCAGUGGAGAGUAUGGCGGGAGCAAGAGGAUGGAAGGAAAACAGCCUACAGGGAGGAGAAGGGUCUUUGUGCAAACGGACACAGGUUGUGUUCUGGGGAUGGAAUUGGAUCGGAGCGAUAAUGUUCAUACUGUGAAGAGGAGGUUGCAGCUUGCACUCAAUGUACCAACUGAUGAGAGUUCUUUGACAUUUGGGGAUAUGGUGCUCAAGAACGACCUCAGUGCUGUACGAAAUGAUUCCCCACUUCUUCUCACACGAAACAUUCUGCAUCGAAGCUCGUCAACUCCAUGUCUAUCACCUACUGGAAGGGAUAUCCAGCAAAAAGAUCAAAGUGGACCUAUUGAGAUAAUAGGCCAUUCUGAUCGUUUUGCUCGGACAAGACAACUGGUUGGUGAGAUUAUUAAAGCAAUUAAAAUUGGUGUAGAUCCUAUUCCUGUGCACAGUGGACUUGGUGGUGCAUACUAUUUCAGAAAUAAGAGAGGUGAGAGUGUUGCGAUUGUGAAGCCUACAGAUGAAGAACCUUUUGCUCCAAACAAUCCAAAAGGAUUUGUUGGUAAAGCUCUUGGUCAACCUGGGUUGAAAAGAUCAGUGCGUGUCGGGGAGACUGGAUUCCGAGAGGUUGCAGCUUAUCUUCUUGACUAUGAUCACUUUGCUAAUGUGCCUCCCACUACCCUAGUGAAGAUUACCCACUCAAUCUUCAAUGUAAACGACGGAGUAAAUGGUAACAACCCAAGUAAGAAGAAGUUGGUCAGCAAGAUUGCGUCCUUCCAAGAAUUCAUACCGCAUGAUUUUGAUGCCAGUGAUCAUGGGACUUCCAGCUUCCCAGUCGUGGCUGUGCAUCGCAUAGGAAUUCUAGACAUUAGAGUUUUUAACACAGAUAGGCAUGCUGGAAAUCUUUUAGUUAGGAAACUUGAUGGUGUUGGGAGGUUUGGUCAGGUGGAGCUCAUUCCAAUUGAUCAUGGACUCUGCCUGCCUGAAACAUUAGAGGAUCCAUAUUUCGAGUGGAUUCAUUGGCCGCAGGCAUCGAUUCCAUUUUCAGAGGAUGAGCUCAAGUAUAUCAAAGAUCUCAAUCCAUUUAAAGAUAGUGAGAUGCUGAGGAUGGAGCUUCCCAUGAUUCGUGAGGCUUGUCUCAGGGUUUUGGUUCUCUGCACUAUCUUCCUGAAGGAGGCUGCUGCAUUUGGUCUCUGUCUUGCCGAAAUUGGCGAGAUGAUGACUAGAGAGUUUCGUAGCGAAGAGGAGGAUCCCAGUGAACUGGAACUUCUCUGCAUGGAGACCAGACAGCUGAUUGAAGAGAAGGAGGUCUUAUCCCCCAGGGCUGAUUUAGGUGAUGAGGAAUUUCAGUUUGAUAUAGACUGCGACGAUUUGGAGUCGGGCUUUACCCAAGAGAUGGAAGCAGAUGAUUUUUACACGAGGACACCAUUCCACUUCGGCGUUGGUGGUAUGCAUGGACGCUUCCCUCUUCGUAAAUUGGAGGAAAGCUUUGAGGAAGAAAACAGCGAGGGAGACGAGCGAGGGGGCUUCGCGGAUCUGUUUUCUUCUGAAAGGAUUCCAACUAUUUCAAAGCUUUCCAUGUCACUGAAGAACACCAGUCUCGGUGAGAAGAAUAAGAAACAUGUGAAGUACUUUGGAACAAAACCUGAGAAUGGAUACAUGACGACCAAUACAUCAUCUGGGCACAGGAGUGCAAAUGAACAGCUCCCACCGAGUGUAACCUUUGUGAAGCUAGCAGACAUGAAAGAGGAUGCAUGGUCAUUGUUCUUAGAGAAGUUUCAGGAGCUACUUCACCCGGCAUUUGCGAAACGAAAAUCCGUGACUCAAGGUCAGAGGCAGAGACAGAGGCUUGGUACUUCUUGCCAAUUUUGAAAUUGAGCAACCAACCAACCUGUUGCUUAUGAUAUAUUGAGCCAAGAAGGAAGGAAAGAAGAGUCGAUAGCUUUGAUUCGAUAUGCCAGAGGUCUGGUUUUCUGAUUUCUCUCCCAGAGAUUACAUUUAGAAGAUGAUCAGUAUUACUUGGGUUCUAUUGUAAAUAUUUUAGCAUCAGCUCAGUAGAUUUGGUUUUAGUAUUUUUUUCUCUUUCUUUCUUGAAAAUUACUUUGUUCUUCUAGCUGCUACCACCUUGUUAUAUAAAUAACUUGUAGAAUAAAUGUUCAGAGGAAAAAUUAUGCAAACAGUGGAGAUUAUGGUGCCAGUUUUUAUA